UGUUUUUUGCUUUGUCAAUUUGAGUCCAUAAAAAGGUGGUAGAAGCCAAUUAGGACUUCGGGCAGCCUUUUUUCAGGUGUUGUAUGCCCUGGGAAGCAUCUUUAGUAAAAGAGUGGAGGAUCAUCAGUGAACGUCCAUUCUCCGAAACUCCCGUGCUGCAAGCGUGGUCAAACCAAUUUGUUUUGUCGGACAUCCGUCACAGCGAUGCCCUUGCGAGCCAGGGCUUCCACCCAGCCCGGCAAGGCAGCCGUGCUCUUCAGCCCAAAAGUGACGGCGGUGCUGCGGCCCCGCGCGCUGACCUCGAGCUCCCGCACGGCUGUGGAGGACCAGCUCUCGUGCCCCGUGUGCUGCGAGAUCUUCUCCGACCCCGUGGUGCUGCGAUGCAGCCACAGCUUCUGUCGCGCCUGCCUGCACCAGUUCUGGAGCAAGAAGGGCCCCAAGCGCGACUGCCCCGUGUGCCGCCGGCGCUGCUCCCUGACUGAGCCCACCGUCAGCCUGGUCCUGAAGAACGUCUGCGAGACACUGCUGCAGGAGCAGAAAGGCACGGGACCCUGUGGCCAGGGGUCGGCCGCGUCCCGCCCUCUGGACCUGUGCUCUGCGCACGGUGAGCCACUCAAGCUCUUCUGCCAGGACGAUGAGGAGCUGCUCUGUUGUGUGUGCCACACGUCCCAGAAACACCAGGGCCACCGCAUGUGCCCGAUGGAGGAGGCAGCCCACGACCUCAAGGCGGAGCUGGAGAAAGAGAUCGUGCCCAUGAAGAAAAACCUCCGCCGCCUUUAUGAGGUCAAGCAGGAGCACGACGACAUGACUGUACACAUCAAGAGGGUGCAGGCAGAGAAACAGAUCAGGGAGGAGUUUGCAGAGAUAAGACAGUUCCUGGGAAAAGAAGAGGCUGCCAGGAUAGCUCUGCUGGCCGAGGAGGAUGAGGAGAAGAGGCAGCUGAUGAAGAAAAAGACCGACAACAUCACGCGCGACAUUCUCACUUUCACGCACGCCGUUAAGGCAAUAGACGACGAGGUCGCCAACAGUGACUCCCUGUUCCUGAGGCACUACAAGGUUAUAAAAAAGAGGACUCAUUUAAAAUUUAAUGAGCCAGAGAAGGUUCCAGCUGCUUUAAUCAAUGUGGCCAAACACGUGAGCUCUCUGAAGUUCAGCGUGUGGGAGAAGAUGCAAGCCAUGAUUGAAUACACUCCGGUCACCCUGGACCCCAACACGGCCUAUCCCUGCCUGUCCCUGUCUAGGACCCUGACCAGCGUGAGCAACAGCGGUGUCAUACAGAAGCUUCCCGACAACCCUGAGCGCUUCGACCACUUCGUCUUCGUGCUGGGCUCCGAGGGCUUCUCUUCGGGCUGCCACGCCUGGGAGGUGGAGGUGGGUGGCAACAACGACUGGGUGAUAGGAGUGGCCCGGGAGUCCAUCGCCCGGAAAGGCAAAGUCUCAGGCGGUACGGAGAGAGGCUUCUGGACCGUGGCGCUGUCCGACGGCCGCUACGUGGCCAUGACGGUGCCACCCACGCAGCUGAGCGUGACCAGCCGUCUGCAGAGGGUCCGGGUACGGCUUGAUUACGAGGCGGGAGAGGUGAGCUUCUCCAACCCGCUGGACAUGACGCCCAUCUACACCUUCACCGCCUGCUUCAGCGAGAGGAUCUUCCCGUUCUUCUGCCCAGGGGCGAACAUCAACGGCAGUAACCCGGGCCCGCUGAAGAUCUGCUCGGUUAAAGUGGCACUGUGGAACAGCGCCUCCUGGUGAAGCUGGCUUGGAACAAGAAGCUGGAAGUAUUUGAUUUGCUAUGGUUUCUAAUGGCAUGUUGUGAAUACCUGUUAAAAUUCAUAACCUGCAUCUGAUUUAUCUCUUGUCAAUCGACAGUAAUGAUAGUACUUUCAAAAUUUUACUCCUUUUUAAAUUGUGGGCUGGUGAGAGCUGUAUGCAGUAAAAACUGCGUUUGUAAAAAUUGGUAUCUCAUGGGUUAAAACGCACAUGCAAUAUCAAAAAGUCCAUCGAACUCAAACUGGAGCUUUGAACAGGCUGUUUUGUGACCUAUCUUGUAAGAGGACAGCGUAAAGAGCUAGAGAACGCGGCCUUACGGCACGGAGGGCAGCGCGGGUGUCGAUAACAGCUGUUGUACCAUUUCUGGCUGUCGAGAGAAGAUAAAGCUGGUAUCCUAACAGCAGAAGAGGCAGAUAGACUUUCACGGUUUAGGGCUGUAUCCUAGCAUCUCAUUUCUGCCCUGAAGUGAGCUGGAGAGUCCUCUAUCAGGGAGUGUAAGUACGAAAUAACCUUGAACAAAGAGUUACUGGACUACAUAUAGAGUAGGUUUGAAGGGAAGGUGAUAUGGUUUGAAGCUGUGAAAAAUACUGUUUGAAUUAAAUUGUUUAAUGUUAUAGCACAAUCUUAGGUACAUAGCAAUCAUUUCUGUUUUUUAAUAUUUAAAUUUGUUUUAAUUGAAAAGUUAAUCCUUCUGAAAGAGUACUUUUUGAAUGUUAUUUUGAAAUUCUUCAUAAAUUCCUAUUUCAGACAUAUUUAAACUGUGGAAGUAUAUCACACCCUUUCUUCCUGCCUUAUGAUUUCACAUCACAUACAAUAACAUUGGCAUUUAUUAAAUAUGCAACAGAGCCAAUGCAGCUUGACCACAGUUUGGCGUUUGGAAUCACUGGAGAGCCUGUGUCAUGCACAAGCUGGUUUGGUGUAGACCGAGGACUGCAAUACAGCCCCGAGACUAAUGUUAACUGGCGAUAAUUGCGCAGGUACUGUGUGGAGUGCCAUUAGCGGCGUAGAAGACCUCUCCUCUUCUCUCUGGCCAGAGCGCUCACUGCAGAGAGCUGCGUGUUUGUCACCGGCACGCCUCCAGAGCAGCGUGGUACACACGCUUGUCUACACACUAGAGCUAAAAGCUAAAAGCCGUGCUACGCUGUGAAGUAUGGGUGCAUGAGUAAGACAGGAGACCACGGUCGACUUAAUUCUUCCUGAUCACGAAGGACCGGGCCCAUGUUGGAGAACUGAAGUGCCGGCACGCUUUCCCUAGGCAUUAUGGGAAGGAAAAGUUCUUUAUAGUCAAAUGUUUGUGCAAUUGAUGAUUUUAACACUGUGUUCGAUAUGUUUAACUAUGUUUAAGCAAAGUCAUCCAGAUGUGCUGUGUCCCAUUUCUUGCUUGAAUAACAUUUCUUGAAACAAAUCGGUGCUGUUUGAGUUUGGACUUUACCAAACCGGGAGCAGAGACUUCAAUAUUUGGAUAUACUGCCAAGAGGGUGAAAAACACAGCGCACCAGUAUCAGCCCAUUGUU